AUGCGUCCUUCCGAGCUCGUCCUUCUCGUGCACGCCGCCGCCCUGGGCCUUCCAUGGGCCGGCGCUCUGGGAGUCCCAGAUAGCAAUGCUGGCGCGGCAGCGAGGUCCGGUGACGGCCUGGCCGGUAUGCCGAUCCGUUCUCCUCGGUGUCAAGGAACGGAUGCACACCCCGGCCUCGUUGCUCCUCGGCAUCUCGGCUACCCCUUGGUGGCUUCCCAUCAAAGGUCGCAUGCUUACGUGGGAGCUGCAGCCAGGGUAGCCUCCAUCCAUGGACGAUCCGAACAUGAAACCGACGGCGACGCCGACGGUGAAAGGGACGUCGGCUUUGACGAUACCAACUACGUGGGAACCAGCGGGCCAACGACAAGCUCUGGAGGGAGUGCAGGUAGAGACCAGGUCGUCCCCUCGACCGACAUCUUCACCUGGCUCUACCGCAUGGAUUACCCGGCCGACUGCUUCUUCGUCAUGACGGCAGCGCUUCUCGGCACUUCGAUUGCUGAAAUUUAUGAGAUUACCGGCAUGCCAGAGCCCCGGCGGGGACCGGGCAACGGCAUAGACGAAGCAGAUAUGCACGUGGCCAUAGAACGGCUCGGGCUAUCAUACCGCAUGUAUACGUUUCGUGGCAUAGAGGAAUUUCAACCUUCAGGUCCGAUUCGCCACGUUCACUGCAGGUGGAAUACGGUCGCGUUUCCUAGACGUGGUCUGCCCCGCCGACUGGCCGUCACCAUCCUCACGGUCGAUGGUUUGUUUCACAUCCUUCUCGCCACGAACGUGGGGACACCUUACGCUCGCUUUACGGAUUUGCGUCCAGGUCGUGUUGGCGUCGACCGCACACGACUGGUGCGCAAUUCGCGAGUCUGCGAAUACAUUUUUGUCGACUUUGACGCUUCAGCCGGAUCCUUCGUUCAAGCCCAGAGGCCCCGUGUGCGUCAGAUGAACCGCGACGCGCAGGUCGAGGCACAGCACGCCGAGGCCGCGGCACGAAUCUCGCCACCUGUUCAGUACGAGCCAGUCCCUGGCAUGGCCGUGGAUCCCCACGACGGUACCGUCAACUUGGCAUCACUUCCUCCGCAAUUAACCAGCCGCAUCUUUGCCGACUUGCUUACCCCAGACCAGUGUGCUAUCCUCCUUGCAUUGGGCGUGACCGCGGCGUCCGGUCCCCUUGGCCGGCGAUCAAUCUCAGGCGCGAGCCUCCCGGAGGAUGGCACCAAGGUCCACGUGAACGGCUGCGCCCGGCUACGAGCGAUCGUGAUGGAAUCCAAGGACGUGUCGGCGGUCUGCGGCCAGGUGGCGACGCUCGACUUUGACUUUAGACUAUCUCAUCACUGGGAUGCAGGCACCUAUGACCAUAUUCAGGCUACGCUGAGUGGCCCGGCUGGGAAGAUUACCUUGCCUGUCGCGUACGCGCCCGAUAAAGGAUUCCAUGCCACCCUGCCGGUCGAUUUGCAAGCAGCAUUCGGCUCCAACGUAACGGAUCUGAACAGCAUCCGCACCGUCACGCUUGCCGCUCGGGGAGAAUUCUGGAAACUAUUGGCAGGUACCCGAAACGAUGGGUGGCAGGUUCAAGCCAUCAGCCUGCAGGCGAAAUGCAUCACUCCGGGCUUCAAAGUGCAAAACGACAUUCUUACCAAGCCCACGACGUACCAACAUCCAGGUGGAUGGUUCUUGGAACCCUUUACCUGGGCCGAUGUCGGGACGAUCAAUGUCACUCAACCGGGCUGGUACAUGACGCCCCCGUGCACGACCAUCGACAGGCUGGAGUAUGAAUUUAAAAUUGACGAUAAAUCACGGGCCGGAACGGAUGAUGCGUUAUCCUUUACUUUCUCCCAAGGGAAGACCAAGAUCGCCCUCGGGGAGGACGUACCCAGUGGGUAUGCUAUCAGCGAUGUCGUGAAUCUGAAAAGUAUGUUUGGCACCGAGAGGGUGGAUAUUCGAAACAUUACCCAAGUGCAGAUACUAGAGACGUACAAUACGUACUUUUUUAGUGAUAAAUGGCUAUUCAAAGGUAUGCACCGUGAGCGACUGUCGUUGAAGGCUUUGCUCGACGCUCACGCUGCUGCAAAGGCAUUCGAUUCACGGCCACUUGUGCGGAUAUGCCGACGCGAAUGA